AUGCAAGGUGCUGCCAUGUCAACGAUCGAAGAACUCAAGGUAUUCACCGGCAACGCGCAUCCCCAACUGGCGAGGGAUGUGUGCGAUUACCUGGGAAUUCCCCUGGGAGAGAGCGAGACGUUCAAGUUCGCCAACGACAACACCUUCGUUCGCAUCGGCGAGAACAUCCGCGAACGGGACGUGUUCAUCGUCCAGCCCACCGUCGCGCCCACCAACGACAACCUGAUGGAACUCCUGAUCAUGAUCGACGCCUGCAAGCGGGCGUCGGCCGGGCGGAUCACCGCGGUGGUCUCCUACUACGGUUACGGGCGCACCGACAAGAAGGACCAGCCUCGGGUGCCGAUUACCGCCCGCUUGGUGGCCGACCUGAUCACCACCGCCGGCGCCGACCGGAUGCUCACCCUUGACCUGCACGCCGGCCAGAUCCAGGGCUUCUUCAACAUCCCGGUGGACGAGCUGACCGCCGAGCCGCUCCUGUCCAACUACUUCGCGGAGAAGGGGCUGGAGGACCUGGUGCUGGUGGCCGUCGACUUCGGCAUCAGCAAGCGGGCGCGGGACAUGGCGGGGCGACUGGGCGUGCCGGUGGCCGUCAUCGAGAAGCGCCGCACCGCCAACGACGACCGCUCCGAGACCCUCAACGUCAUCGGCGACGUGCGCGGCAAACGCGCCCUCACUUUUGACGACGAGAUCCUCACCGGCGGCACCAUCGUCAACGCGGCCAACGCCCUGCUGGAAGCCGGCGUAACCGAGGUGUUCUGCUGCGCCACCCAUCCGGUAUUCGCGCCGGCCGCCCCCAGGCUCCUCAAGGAAAGCGCCUUCAAGGAAGUGGUGGUGACCGACUCCGUGCCGCUGUCCCCGGACCAGAAGGUCAAUAACCUGACCGUGCUGUCGAUUGCCCCGCUGAUCGGCGAGGCGAUGAAGCGCAUCCACGAGGGCCGGUCGGUGGGAGAACUGUUCCAGUAA